CACACCCCCAAAGACGACCUUGACCGUUUUCCAUGUGUAAACUGUGUGAUACAGAAAGGAUAUUUAGCAUGAAGCAAUUCUUCUCCUGAAAACGCGACAUCUAACUCUUAGACCAAUAACUUUUACGUUCGACCUACCGGUUGGGAUAAAUGGCGGCGAUGCGCUGCCUUUGGUGCCGUGCCGCCUUCUCAGCACAGUCACGAGUUUUCUUCUGCAACCAAAACAUAAACACAAGACCCUCAAUUGUUCGAAAAUCAACAGUUUCGUACGAAUUUCAAAAGUCAGUUGAGAAUGUCAACGAAAAUGGAGGUUCGCACGUGGAGGCCGCGGUCAAAGUUGAAGGUCACCCGGAGCUUGACCUUUCAUUCUCAAACGCACAGGAAGCGUAUAGAAGCAAAACUACUAAGGAGCUGUUGAGGGCGUACUUCGUGUUUCAGCUAUGCAGUGUUCCUAUAAUUGUCAAAAACAAUCAAAAGCUCAUGAAACUUGGACGCUCUGUCUUGGGGGCGCGUCUAUUCAAGAAGUUGAUGGAGAUGACGUUUUACGGUCACUUCGUGGCAGGCUCAGACCGCGUCACCAUACGGCCAGUGGUCGACCGGAACCGGAUGUUUGGUGUCAAGUCCAUCCUAGACUACAGUGCGGAGGAGGAUGUGUCUAAUGAGGCGGCAAAAAAAUCUGAGAUGGAGGCCUGUGAGCCGCAGGAUGAAACAGAUAUUGCGAACGAUGCAGACCAUCAGCGGUUUAAACCCCAUUACGAGUUCGGGGACCGUCGGAAAGGAGUUAUCUCAAGCAGGACCUACUUCUAUGAAGGGGAGGAACAAUGCGACAAGAAUAUGCAGAUCUUCCUGGACGCCAUUGACGGGGUGGCAGAUGCAACAAAUAAGACGGGGUUUUGUGCUGUUAAACUUACAGCCCUUGGGAGACCUCAGUUAUUGCUCCAAAUGUCAGAUGCACUCGUAUCAGCAAGAACUUUCUUCGAUAAACUAACAAUGGAAGCAGGCACUGAAGACAAAUACAUGGUAGAGUUACGGGACAAUUUCACACGAGGAUUCAAAGAGGAUGAAUUUCUGGUGAAACUACGGGAAAUGGGAGUGAAAGUAUCAGAAGAGGACUGUCAUAAAUGGUUCUCUAUUCUGGACAUCAGCCAAGAUGGACAGGUGGACAUUAUGGACUGGGACAAUCUACUUGAGGUCAACAUGAGUCUUGCCAAACUGUUUGUGGUUCCUGAUCUGCAGACUGGGGAGUUACUGCCCCUGCUUAACAGUCUGACAGAUGAAUCUGAGCGAGAAAUGAAAAACAUGCUUCUGCGUGUGGAUACUAUCGCAAGGCAUGCAAUGGAGCGUGAUGUGCGUGUGAUGAUUGACGCAGAGCAGUCGUAUUUCCAGCCUGCCAUUAAUCGCUUCACUAUGGAGAUGAUGAAGAAGUUCAACAAGGAGAAGGCCAUCAUCUUUAACACGUACCAGUGCUACCUGAAGGAAGCUUAUAACAAUAUUAAGUUGGAUCUGGACACAGCGGCCAGAUACAAUAUUUACUUUGGAGCUAAACUUGUGAGGGGUGCAUACAUGGAACAGGAGCGUGAGCGUGCAGAAACCAUCGGUUAUGAGGACCCGAUCAAUCCCAAUUAUGAGGCCACGACGGCAAUGUAUCAUAAGGUUUUACGGAAAGUGAUGCGGACGAUACAGAUGCGCGAAAAGGGACGAAUUGCUGUCAUGGUGGCCAGUCAUAACGAGGAGACGGUCAAAUAUACCGUUGAGCAGAUGAAGGAGAAUGGGGUAUUACCGUCUGACCGUCUGAUCUGUUUUGGACAGCUCCUCGGCAUGUGUGAUCAGGUUUCGUUCCCUCUAGGUCAGGCAGGGUACUCCGUGUACAAGUAUGUUCCAUACGGCCCCGUGGAGGAAGUGUUGCCGUACCUGUCCCGCCGCGCGCAGGAAAACAAGGGAAUACUUAUCAAGGUCAAGAAGGAGAAACAACUCUUAAGAAAGGAAAUAUCAAGGAGGAUUUCUUCGGGACAGUUGAAUUACGAUCCCAUGAAAAACUUGCCAGAUAUAAAACCAGUGUGAUGACUUUGCCUUCUAUUUUACGACAAUUGGGAUGGAAAGUGUCUAAAUAAAAAAUAAAAUUUAUUUUGAAGGUGCUUCCUGUUUUUUAUACAGGAAAAAUAAACAAUAUCUGUCUUUUGAUCACCAGGGUUAUAUCUUAUAUUUGCAGUGAUAAGCAUUUGUUUAUUUAAAUUGGAAAGUGUAGCAUUAUGCUAUGAAUCAUUGUAAUUUGACUGGUUAAGUUUUGUUGUACUAUUUAGUUGUAAUAUUUUUUUUAAAUGUAUUUAUUUGAUAAAUAUUUAAGAUAUUCCAUAGUAGAUCAAAUUUGUAACAAUAGUGUUUCUGAGAAUUGUGUUUUGCUGUUAGUUAAUUAACUGUCAGUUAAGACAGGAGUAUUGUCAUCAUAAUUAUACAUGUAGAAGAAAAAUCAAAAGAAAAUCUCAUUGUAUUUAGGUAUUUAUCUUUAGAGCAUGAUUAAGCUAUUAGGAUGAAGUAAACUAUAUACUUGUAAUCUCUUCGGUACUAUCAUAAAUUAACUUGUGAAACAUUUGUUUCUCCCUUAACUCAUUUGAUUUUGAAGAAAAGUGUAGGUAUUUUUAUAGCCUUGGUUUCAUUUUGUGCGACUCCAUUAGGGGCAGGGUCGUUGGUGGCCGCAUAUUGGUGGCUUGCACAACCUUCAACCUUGGACCAACGAAGAUAUUCAUGUAAAAAUAAACCUUGGUACAGAUGUUGCCAGCGACAAUAUGCAAAUCUAUAUCAAGGCCCAUAACUCUGGCUUUCAUAAUAGUUAUGCCCAUUGUUCAACAGAAACAAAAAACAAACAAGCUAUUGUUCACUCCAUAUCACUUUGGUUUUAUGUUGGAUUUGUUAAUGCUCAAUUGUUAUUUUGUUUUUAUGUUUGAACAACACAUUCAACACUCUUUGAAAAAUGGUUUAUGGAUUUGUAAGUGGCUUUCUAUGGCUUUUGACAUUAUAAAGCAGUAUACAUUGUGAAGGCUACCUCUCCUAUGGUCCUUGGAUCUUGUCUCAUUCAAGAUCUGGGACAUAAUUUGAAAUUAUAGUGGUUUAAUAUUUUUGUUAUUUUUUCUUUAUCCUUUGUGCAUCUGUAAUAUAUUAAAAGGUAUGCAUUUUUUCUCACCUGAAAUCUGGGUGGGUAUUUUUCCAAAAUAAUUUGAUGAAAUUUGGCUGAGGGAGAGGGUUAUCGACAAUGUAUCAAAACAUGUUUUCUUACAUUUUGUUUGUGAAAAACAUUAUGCCAAGGAGCAAUUCCUAAGGCAUACAUGGAUAUGUUGUUUCUUUAAACUCAAAGUGUAAAAAACAAAAUACGGAUCAAAUCAGCAUUGUAGAACAUAUAAAUAUUGAAUUGCUAAACAUUUUCGCUUCCGGAUUUAAACCAUUAAAACCUGUUUAAUAAUGUUACAUGCAUACGUUUUACAACAUAUUUGGCAAUCACUUCAAAGGUUGCUAGGUUUGGAAAAGGUAAAAAUUGCAUAUGUUUUUCGGCAAUUGUAGAUUGAGCCAAUGUCGAAAGCAGAUAUAUAUAGAAAUUAAUAUAUAUAUAUAUAUGUCUAUGUAAGAAUAGAAUUAAAGUCAAUUUUCAAGUUGAAAACAAAACUAAGAGUAUGAAAACAAUUCAACAUGCAGUCACUUUCCUAUAUAUUUAAGAUUUUCUAAGUUUCUUAAGUGAUAAAGAUUCUUGAAUGAUGAUCCCCAUUAUGAGCUUGUAGGUAGAUUUCUCACAAUGGACGACAGGGUUGGCCCCAGUUUCUCCAAAAUACUCAAGUAGUUUUACAAUAACUUACUCUACUUGUUUAACCAUUUUACAGCCUAGCAUGGUUCAAGACUGUUUUAGAAACUCAACCGUUUUUUUUGCAUAUUUAUUGACCUUACAGAGGUAGUGUAUGGACAAAUUUUGGUUAAAAUUAUAAGAAAAUAAAACUUAAUUAAAAUUUUAAAGAACCAGAAUUUAUUUCCUUUCUAUUUACAAUAUACACAGGAUUUAAAUAGCUGAGUAAGAACUUGAGAUUGUUUGUGAAACUUGGCCUUUCCUAAGGAAGUUAUGUUUUUUCCUUUCCUUUUUAAACGCAUGCCCUCAUGUACAUGUAUAUCAACAUUCUUUAUAUAUAUAUAUACUUAUACAGAUAUUUAUACAUAUCUCACAGUUUUAUUAUUUAAAUAAAUUCACUGUUUGAUUAAAGAUACAUCAUAAGAAGUAUGAUCUGAUUUAUUAAACAAACUGUUAAUAACAAUUUAGCAGAGGCUAAACUUUCUAAAUGUUAAUUAAAUUGUCUCAGUCCAAGGAUUUGAAUUUUGAGCCACUUUGUUGCUUAGUUUGUUAAUUUCUGUUGUUUUGUUAUUGGCAAUUUACCAUACUGAAUAGUUUAUGUGUUAUUACUUAUUUAGUAUAGAAAUACUCCCUCUUUUAUCAUUACCUCUGUUCAAUUCGUGCUUGAAUCUCAUACUUUGUUGUACUUAAUCUCGUUAUUAUUGCAACACUGUUUUUAAUAAAAAUCUUAUAUACACAGACUUAUA